AUGGUGUCAGGUGUGUUUGGUGAUGAAGUGAAGUCAGUGUCAGUGAUGGAGGGAGAUUCUGUUACUCUGCACACUGAUUUUACUGACAUACAGAGAGAUGAACAGAUACAGUGGUUGUUUGAAUCUCAAAAGUCUCUCAUAGUUUUCAUUGAUAGAAAUUUAAGGAAGACCCCAUUAUAUAACGAUAAUCCUGAUGGGAGAUUCAAAAACAGACUGAAGGUGGAUAAUCAGACUGGAGAUCUCACCAUCACAAACAUCACAACUCAACACACUGGACUUUAUAAAAUGAUCAUUUUCGGAAGAGGGACAUACAGAUUUAAUGUUACUGUCUAUGCUCAUCUGCCCAUUCCUGUCAUCACCAGAGACUUUUCACAAUGUUCAUCAUGUGUGUUGUUGUGUUCAGUGUUGAAUGUGAGAGAUGUGAGUCUGUCCUGGUACAAAGGAAACAGUUUAUUGUCCAGCAUCAGUGUGUCUGAUCUCAACAUCAGACUCUCUCUACCUCUGGAGGUUGAAUAUCAGGAUACAAACACAUACAGAUGUGUACUCAACAAUACCAUCACAAACCAAACUCAACAUCUCAACAUCACUGAUCUCUGUCAGUCGUGUUCAGAUUGUGUCAGCUCUUGUGCUACGACUGAAGCUGUGAUCCGAUUGGUCGUCUCUGCUCUGAUGGGCGUGGCUGCUGUAGCAGCUGUUGUUGUUCUGAUUUAUGACAUCAGAUCCAGACAAGAUGAACAGAAUAAUUUACAUAAUUUUCGUCAUCAGGAGGGUCCGCGGUCAUCCGCACACCCCGUACCAGUACGAGUACAACAGAGAACGCGCAAGAAAAAAUUGAGACAGGACACUCCACUAUAA